GUAAGGAUCUUACCUUCAUGGCAGUGAAACAAAUUUCAUUCAACCUUCUUCAACAAGCUUCUGCCUUCUAGACUCUUGAGAAUUAUUCAUCCAAAGAUUUACAUUCAUGGCCUUUGGAAAACCCGCCGUCUUAUGUUUUUCCCUCUGCUACUUGCAAAGUACGUUGCUAACCACUAGAGGGGAGGAGACUGCUGGUCCCCUCAACUACUACACCAUUGAGAUAGACGAGGGAGAGGACGUAGCCAGAGACGUGGCUAAAAGGAAUGGGUUAGAGUACGUCCUGCCGGUUGGAAAUCUAAAAGGGUUCUACAUCUUGAAGUCUCCAAGUAAACAAUUCAGGAAAAGAAUCAGAAAACGAAGCACAGAGCAACUGCUGAAACGGCUUUCCCAGGAUCCCCAGAUCAAGUGGGCAGAACAACAAGAUAUCCAUGAAGUGGAAAAACGAGACAGGGUUGUUUUACCUGAUCUUCCGUUCCUUUCCAAAAAUGACAGCAUCGACUCAUUCUUUGAAACACUAGAGCAAGAGAAGAAAGAUGUUAUCCCUAAAGCAAUCUUCAAUGUAAUGAACUCAGAAAAUAAAAAAGGAAAGCCACUUCAGUUUAAUGACCCUAUGUGGCCUGCACAGUGGGAACUGUUCAACACUGGCCAGACCAAUGGACCAAAGGGAUUCGAUAUCAAUGUAAUGCCAGUUUGGAAGAAAAAUAUAACUGGCUCUGGAAUUGUUGUGACAAUCAUAGAUGAUGGUGUUGACCACACAAACACAGAUUUAAAGAAAAACUAUGAUCCUCAUGCCAGCUUUGAUUUCAAUGACCAUUUUGAUGAUAAACAUGAUCCACUUCCUGAUAAUAUAAGUGGAUCUAAUGGUCAUGGAACAAAAUGUGCUGGUGAAGUGGCAAUGGAGGCCAACAACAGCUUCUGUGGGGUUGGAAUUGCACAUAAUGCGAAGAUUGGAGGCAUUCGUGUCUUGGAUGGGAGAGUGACUGAUGCCUUAGAAGCUGCAUCUCUCACCUAUAAUAACAAUUAUAUUGAUAUCUACUGCUGCUGUUGGGGCCCCAAAGACAACGGGAAGAAACUUGAUGGCCCAAAAGCACUGGCAAAGAGAGCUCUACAGGAAGGAGCAGAGAAGGGUCGCAAUGGUAAAGGAAGUAUUUUCAUCUGGGCUUCGGGAAAUGGUGGUCUGCUUAAGGAUCACUGCGGUGCUGAUGGAUAUGUGAACAGUAUUUUUACAGUGGCAGUUGGAGCUGUCAGUAACUUUGGCCUCAGCACCUUCUACUCAGAGGCUUGUCCAGCAGUUAUGGCAGUAAUUCCUACAGGAGGAGCAAGUAAACUUCCAACGGUUAGAAAUAAGGCAGUGGAGGAACAAACCAUGGUGACAACAGAACUUGACAAUGAAUGCACCAAAACCUUCAGAGGCACUUCAAGCGCAGCUCCAAUGGCAGCUGGUAUAAUUGCAUUGGUCCUUCAGGCUAAACCCAGUCUCACAUGGCGUGAUGUGCAGCACCUGAUCGUUCGAACCUCUAAAAUCUCUGACCUUUUGAACAAAGAAUGGAAGAUUAAUGGAGCGGGUUACCACAUUCACCACAAAUAUGGAUUCGGUUUACUUGAUGCUGGGCGAAUGUUGAAGGCAGCCCUUAAGUGGAAAAGCCUGGGUCCUCAGAGAAAGUGUGUGGUUAAUUAUGGUCCUCAACUGAAAAAAGCUAUUCCUGCAAAAGGUUCUCUGACACUGAAUCUGACAACAAAUGCGUGCAUGGGUACUAUGAAUGCAGUUGACACACUUGAGCAUGUACAGGUGACCAUCACCCUGUCAAGCAUCUGUCGUGGUGAUCUUGAAAUUUCUCUCAUCUCUCCAUUUGGAACCAAAUCUAAACUACUUGCAGUCCGUUCUGCAGAUGAAAGCCAGGCAGGACUGAGAAAUUGGACGUUCAUGAGUGUCCAUCUUUGGGGAGAGAAACCCGAAGGAGCCUGGAUUCUUAUUAUUACAGAUCAUGCCAAUUCUGUCAAAGGUUGUGAGAGAAGUGACCAUGAAUCGACAUCAGGAUCCAUCACCAAGUUUAAGCUAACGCUAUGGGGAACCUACAUGAUUGAGCUCCCCAAAAGGGAAGAAAUUAUGGAACUUGACAGUAUUCAACAUGGUAAAAACAAUCAAAGGCUGGCAAAUAUCAGAAAUUUGGUGGAACGAAAGCAAAUAGAUGGGCGACUAGCUGAAGCUUUUUUUCAUGAAAAUACUAAAAGAGUGGAAGCAGAUGAUAUUCCCUUUACAUGCUCAGAUUCAAAGUUAUGUGCAAAUGUAAAAAACACAAGCGUUCCAAGCACUAACUUGGGAGAAACGCUGCUGAAUUUCUGGUACUCCCUGCUGAACAAAACUAACAGAAAUAUUCAUCAUGCAAGAUCAUUGCUAGUGAGUAAAGAUGACGUGCAGGCUAUUGAUGAAGCUUAGGCUCAAUAUCGAAGAAACAAUGUACUGCCUGCUGUGGCUGCAGAAGAGUAGAUCAAGGAUCCAGCAUCUUCAUUGAUAGCUUCCUCGAGCAGUAGCAUAGCAAAUAAUGUCCAAAAAGGCAAAGGUGAUGGAAAAUAUGGAGAAGACCUUUAAGAAAAUAAUUCAAGACAAGAACAUUCUCAAUGACACAAAAUGAAAGCAUUUGAAAGCUCCACCAAAAAUAAGUAAAAUCAUACGUAACAUAAAAGGGGUAAAUAUUUGCCUCAGGCAGUAGCGCUAAACAGAUGUUGUUGUACCACUUAAUAUUCUUUUCUGUUGAAGCCAGUGCAACUGAAUAUUGGGAGGGGAGGAUAACAGGAGUGGAGGGGGGAGGCAGUGGCUGAUACCAUAACAUCCAUUUAGUACCAUCUCUCAAGACAAAUUUCUGCCCCUAAAACCUCUUCAGAAGGCAAUACACAGUAAAUGAAAAUAUUUCAUUCACAAACCACUAUACUAGUUGUUGGUAUUUUUAGGGAACAAGAUAAUCAUGAAUUCAAUAUCCAAUAUAUAUUUGGGGGGGUGACUCGACCAAGUCCAAACUCAGUAUUUCUUCCUCUUUUCUAAUGUUCAGUGCUAUCUUUCUGGAAAGGGUAAGGUGGUGAAUAAUUUUGAUAAGGCUUUAGAAAAGAUACUAAUAACUGUAUCUAAUAUACAAAAUUACAGCUUGAAGUUCUACUGGAUUCUCUUUAUCUCCUUCUGUAACUUCUGCAGAACAUCAGCAGAACACCCUGGAGAAAUUGCAUAAAGGGCCAUUUUAGUGUUUACCCUGUCUCUCCAAAGAUUCUGACCACCUCCCAUUGGAAAACCCCUGGUAAUUCUAGGCAUAUGUAUCCAAGACAGUACUAGACUGUGCAUCCUGCAUAAGUGUUUUCAAAUUAGUACAUGAUUUGCAUACCAAAAUUUUCAAUUACUACUUUCAAUUCUGCAGUCUGGAAAUAUUGAAAGACUGAUUUAAGUUCACAGUUCAUCUGCAUCUUGUAUGCAUACAUGGCCCAAUUUAUUUUCAAGUUGAAUAUUCUGUUUUCAGUAACAGAUGUUUCUGAUGAUAAUAUAUUGUUAAAACCCUGUGGAAUAAGAUAUGCUGUGUGUCCUGCUCCUGGCAAUAGGAACAAUUACCUCAGCUGACUACACCUGGUGAAAGUGAUCUUUCCUCUAACUGUCACAUAUAGACAGAAGGCACUAAUCUUUACUGAGCUCUAGACAGGGUCAUUCUUUUCACUCACAUUUCUAGAGGUGUUCAACUCACUGCUUUAAAAAGGAAAAGUAAUGUGCUGCCUUUAGCUUCAUUGAGAGAGUACAGGCAAUAGAUAUUGUCCGUAAAGAGCAAGUAAUUUGAACUGCAUGAAUUUAUAAUAAAUGGUGAAUAAACUUGUGUUAAAAUUAACUAAAUUAAUCCUACUAAAGCCUGAACAACAGUGCUGCAUUUGUCUUGCCAAAAGAAAGAAGAACUAGAAAUAUUUUCUCAGGAAUGCCAUCCAAGAAGAAUCGCUACCCACCUGUAAAUAGCAAUUGAACAGCAACCAUGUUAACCGUUUAAAGUCUACUGAGCAAAUGAAUUGUUCAGUUUAUACAUUUUCACUCUCAUUAGUUCAGGGUCUUUUCAAGAGUUACGGCUGCUGCUGACCCAAUUGGGACCUAUAAUUUUUCCUCAGUGUGUGAGUUGAACUACCAGCGUAAUCUGAGUGGGCAGGGAUUAGUGUGGGAAGAAAAUGGGGUGACAUAAAUACUGAUGCUGAAGGAUGGGUGUCAAUCAGUAAUUGUAACUGCCCCUUGCAGACUGAUGUGAAGUAUACAGGACCUUUCUUGGGCAGAAGUGGAGUCCACAAGCAUGAGCCAGAAUAAUGAUUUAACACAUAUUUGUCCCAGCGAAUCAGCCUUCCCUGAGAAUCAGCCUUCCCAGAGAAUCAGCCUUCCUGGAAAGGGAUUUAAUAUGCUUUGAAACUUGUUUUAGCACCAUUUAUCUACCUGGAUAAAAAAAUAAAAUAGCCCUUUUUAAAAGUUUGUGGUUUGUGAAUGGAAUGUUUAUAAUUUUAUUAAUGAGCAACAUUGCUUUUUAGACCAAAACAAUUAUAUUCCUUUUGCUUCAGGCAUCAUUAUCACACAGACCUUAAACCAUUAUUUUUAAAUAAUACACAGAAAGGCAGCUACCAUCUAUGCUGAAAAAAGAAGACUUAAAAUAAAUUGAGUCUUAAAAUAUGAAACUAGAUAAUUUAUAAAGAUAUCUUCAGUUAUGAUUCAGUAUGCAGGUAGUGUCGAAUCAGAUUUCUUCAUAAUACAAUAAUCCAUAAUUUAAUAUUACUGGUGGAAAAUUUAACUGUCUUGUUGAUUAAUAAUACGGAGAGCUGAAUUCUACUCUGAAUUUGAUUUAUAGAAUAAUACUGAAAUUGCUUAACAAAAGUUGGGAGCUCACAUUGGUUACUUCCUCCAAUUUAUCAUUAAGAAACAUUUAUGUGAUUUUUUUUUCGUGAACAUAAUCCCUGCUCAUUUUUAUUAAUCAUUUCACUGCAGAAGCCUUUAUAGUGUAAUAAUGCCACAAUAAUUUGAUCUUCUCUUUAAGCAUUUUGUUAGCCAUGUUCUUCAAUUGCACACUUUAGAUACAAAAAAAUUGAGUAAAUGUUUUAAGGAGAUAUCAUAGUGUAUGUCAUACAAUCAUGUAGUUUUGUAAACCCACUUAAAUUAUAUAUGUUCUUAACCUGCAUGAGUGUAUCAAGACCAAAAGAUCAAAAUUCAGAUAUAUUAAAUGUGUGUAAUUAAAAGUAGCUCCAAAGAAUUGUAAUGUCACUCUAUGGUGGAAUAAGAGUUUAUGAUCCCAUUUCCCCACAUGGUGAACUUUUGAUCCACCUCAAUCCAGUCAGGGGUACCUCCAAGCAGAAACAAGGAACCUUUUCCAUUAUAAGACUGGGGAAAUUCAAAAGCGAGUCAGCCCUGACCAGUUUCACACACCUCCUACUGACUGGUUUACAUUGCAGCACUGUGAAAGUCUGUCUUUUCAGUUUUCCAACAUUGCACAAGGGGGACCCAACAAAAAAGAGAUUUAAAAUAUCUAAAGCACAGUGGAACAUUGGCAGGUGGUAACUUUACAUACUAUCACACUGAUAUUGCUAAAUUGAUUCCAUAUUUAUUACUGUUUAUUUUUGAGAAUAAACUGAUUAUGUUCAAACUAUAUUAGCGAGACAGAUAAACAGGGAAAUAUGGUCUUUCACAGGCUCAAGUGAUUUGCAAUGGAGCUGUCAACAUUUAUCCAAUACAUUCAAAUCACUGUAACUGAGUUGGGUGGGUGGGUGGUGGGUGGCGGGGAAGGUUGAUUUUGGUUGAUGGUGUAAUGUGGGCACUAAGACUUCAGCCAUCUAUUACAAAUUUCUCUUGUUUGAUGUCAAUAAAAAUGAAAAUUGGGAGAAAUGUAUAAUGGGACAUCUCAAUCGAUACUGCUGCUCAUUUGAUGUAAUCAGCCAAAGUCAAAAUUAACCCCCGGUGUUUCUAUUUUUCCCUUAUUGGCUGCAAAGCAAAAUUUGAAAACUAGUCUUAACUGCAGAAACUUAUUAGUGCCUGGAAUGAUCUUCUAAAAGUGUAAAUUCAAAAACUUUAGAAUCAAUCAGCAAGCAGUUAGGUGCUGCUAAUGGGGGACAGUAGGUUUCUGUGGACAGCUAAAAUAAAUGGGCUGCAUAUUUAUCAUUAUAAUUUAUACAUCUUAUGCUCAGUACCCAGGAGGUCUGAUUUAAAAGUACCCCACUCUUCAUAGUCGGAAACAAUGACAACGCAGAAAAUGUUUUCCAGUAGUCAUGUAAUUGUCAUCAAGAUAUUUUGUGAGCCAUGGGAUUUGUAAUUUAUAUAAUACUUUUAGCUUCUUCUAUAAUUUCUUUUACUUUCCAAUAAAACUCA